GUCGAUGGCGGCAGAAGAGGACAUGCGUUCGGCAUAACACCCACACCUCGCUGGCGGGCGGAAUGGCGUGCCCCCUCGUAGCGGACCCACGCGGGGACUUCCCCACGUGGCUCGCCACCCAGGGCAUGAAGCUCAAGUUCGCCGAGGCCAUGGAGCGCGAGCUGGGCAUCAGCGACUACGAGGAGCUGCUGGCGUGCGCCGAGGACACGCAGGUGACGGCCGAGCUGUUUGGCGCCGCGCGCGAGAAGCUGCCCUUUGCCUUCUACGCCGUGCUGCGCCGCAUCCUCAAGGCCGUGUCGUCGGGCAAGCGGGGCAAGGCCAGGCUGGCGCAGUCGGUGAUGGAGGUGGCCGUGCACCCGUUCAUGAACUCGCUGCUCGAGGCCAUCGUGGGCACGCUCAACAGCCUGAGUCACGAGCUGCUGCAGUCGGCCGACCGCUUCAGCUGCCUGGAGCCGACGAUGUACACGGGCGAGCAGGCGGAGGCGGAUGAAGCCCUGCGCUCCACCAACAACUCCUCGUGCGUGGUGGAGGAGGCCCCCGUAGAGGACUCGGCAUUCCUGGCGGAGGAGGAUCCAGCCGAGACGUGGGAGCAAGGCGUGGAGCACGCGUGGGUGGAGCGCCACUCGCCAGCCUCGGCCGGGCCGUGGUCGGAGCCCGUGGAGCCUCAGCUGGAUGUGCCUUCGGAUUUCCACGAGUCGGAGAAAGAACAGCGAUCACACGGGUCAUGGGGGCGGCUCCAGGUCAAGACGGAGAUCAUUCCCGAAGACUUUGUGAACGCGACGCGGGGAGGGGCCGGUGAGCCCCCGCCGGCCCCGCCGUCGCCCGGCGCCCGGGACGCGGUGGAUACGGACGAACUGGAUACGGUGCUUGGGGACGUCAAGAACGAGAUGUACCGAGGUCUGCCCAAGGCUCGCGUCGGGAGCGAUCACAGCGCGGGGCUGGAGGCGGCGGAGGAGGAGGUGGUGCCGGUGAGCAGGGCCUGGAAGGCGUUUGCGCCGCCCGACACGCCCAGCGAGCGCUAUUACGCAGUGGUACACAACGCUAGCAGGGCUCCCUGUCAGUCGUUCGAAGGAGCUUUGAUCGCGGACGCUUCUAAUGGAGGCCUUAGCAGCCGCUCGCGCCACUAUUUCCCGCACCGCCUAAUCCCGCACGAAGACCAACAUCAUCAGCAGCAACAGCAUCAGCAGCAGCAACAACAACAACAUCAUCAGCAACAACAACAUCAUCAGCAACAACAACAUAAUCAGCAGCAACAGCAGCAGCAACAGCCACAACGGCGGCGGCGGCAACAGCACAACCAGCAACAGCAAGCGGACGCCAGAAGCCCGGCUUUGCUAAAGAGUUUUGACUCGGCCACUGGCACUUACCGGCUGAGCUACGACGCAGCGGGGGCAGCAAUGGACGCGGCCUGCGGUGGACAGAUGCAGAGGGCGGCGGCAGCGGCGGUUGUAGAUGGGGGGAUCGGCGGGACGACGGCUUGCCGGGACGCGGUCGGCUCGGGCGUCGCCGGGGAGCCGAGCCUGGUGUGCACACUGUGCGGCAAGGGCUUCGGGCGCGCUCGCAACCUGCGGCUGCACAUGCGCACGCACACGGGCGAGCGGCCGUACCGCUGCGAGUUCUGCGGGCGCUCGUUUGCGCACCCCUUCGCCUACUCGCAGCACAAGCGUAUCCACACGGGCGAGAAGCCCUACUCAUGCGAGGUGUGCGGCAAGGCAUUCGCGCGCCGCUUCACGCUCUCGUGCCACCGCAACACCCACGGGGAGCGUCACCGGUUGCCGCCGCCGCAGCAGCAGCCUCCGCCUCCGACGCACCAGUGAAGCGAGCGGCCGCGCACACGGCACUGCCGCCGGAGGGCUCGAUGUGGACACGCGGCGGGGACUGUGGUGGCGGUGCGGGGACUGUGGUGGCGGUGCGGUAAGGCGGCGGAGGCUGCGUUUGUCACAGUCGGCCGAUUUGGUUUGAAGGAACCUGUUCGUUAAAGUAGGACUGUGGAAGCGUUUUUUUUCUAACGGUGGGACGAAUGGGACUUUAAAAUACCUCCGGUUUGGUGACGCAUUAACGCACUCGGCUAAUUCACCCCUAUAGUUUAACACGUGCGGGCGUUCUCGACCGAUAUGAUUCCUAAUUGAUUUUUUUGGGUCGGAUCACAGCAGUUAAAUGUGUAUCAUACACCCUCCUCCGCCCAACGCAACCAACAAACGUGCCAAAUUAUUACUGCUUCAGCAGCACCACCUGGUGAUGUUGGAGAUCAAUCCACACCCGGUUAACGAUUGGGUACGACGUUUCCCAUCAUCAGGCAAUUGCCAGAGUUGUGAACUGUGUUUGGCAUUGCCUUUGCUGAGAAGAGUUUCCUCCCCGUAAAUUUCACACGUAAGCCCCGAUCACAGCAAGAGUCCCUUCCAGUGUGACAUCGAUAACACUUUUGGCCUGGGGUGAGGAAGCCACGGCCUUUGACUUUGCUUUAUAUGUCCUGUGGCCAAAUGAGAGCUACUCCUUAAAAUCAGCCCACAAACAAAUUUCUGAACUAAAUAAUUGGUUUUUUACCCUUCUAUCUGGCAACAAAACUGACACCUUUUUACAAGGAGUCAUGUUUGCAUAGACCGCAAUACCUGCAGUCAUAAUACAAACAAAAGAACAUAACUCUGAUAAUGUGCACUGUCCUUGAAGUUGAUUGGUCCACACCCGAGACAGCUUUCCUUAGAGCCUAGUCUCACAUGGGUUGGACCAGAUGAUGCCAAAAGGUAGGUAUUGCGGUCUAUGCAAACAUGACUCCUUGUAAAAAGGUGUCAGUUUUGUUGCCAGAUAGAAGGGUAAAAAACCAAUUAUCAUAUUUUUACUGGCAAAUGAGGUUCCCAUAGUUCUAAACUAAACUUUUGUAUUUUACCAGGUAUCGCCCACUGAGCUGUGUGGCUCUUUUUCAGAAGCGACCUGGCCACAAAUGAUAACUCAACAAAGUGGCUUAUCACGUGGAAAUUUACGUGUGGCCAAAUAUUUUUAAAUGCAUAUUGCUAAGUGUGGAGGGAAACACCAGAGGACCCAGGGAAAAAUCUACGCGACCACGGGGAGAUCAUGAAAACUCCAAAUAUUAUACAGGCAUCAGGUUCGGGAUCGAACCCAUAACCUCCUGUAUACCUGGCGAGACAGUUAACAUCUCGCCACCGCAGCGCCCACAUUAAAUUUCCACUGCCAGCAUCUUGGCCACACUAAUCAGUUUGCAGAGGGUGAUUAUCUUGACCGUGGUGAUAUUGUGUUUCUCGUGUUCGCGCACUCGGUCACUUCCGUCACCACGAGGGCCUCUUGCAGCGACAGACGGUCACUGAGGUGUGUGUGCGCGUUAACACGUAUCUUGCCAAAGGUAUUUCAAAGUCCCCAUUUGGCCCUCAUUCAGGAAAAGGUGGGGAGUGGUGGUGCAGCGGUCAGCGUGCUGGGCUAUGAACCCAGUGACCGGAGUUCAAUUCCUUCUAGAUUUGAAGCUUUCGUGACUGCAAUGAUUCAUAUCCUUAG